AUGGUGGCUACCGUGAUCCUCGCCGCCUUGCCCAGGCUGCAGUCUGUCGAGCUGUACUUCAAAGCGCCGAAACCAGUGAACACCCUCGUAUCAAGGACGAUGAUUGAACAGCAGCUCGCUUCGAAAUCAUCACGUGACAUGGCUAGACUCUAUCUCGGCCUCGCGGCAUCGCGUGUAGAGAAGCUGAAGCUCUCGUCAGAUAUCACGUUCACAUGCCAACGACCACUCGCCGACAUUAAGGCUUUGGCCUUAGAAUGGACCGGACGCGGUACGUUCCCUCUUUCGGAUGUCGAACACUAUCCGAAUGUGCAUACUUUUAGGGUGGACGUUCCUGACCAUCCGAUGUACCAACGUCAACUUGGCGAAAGCUUGGACUACCUCUUAAAGCCGCUUCCUAAACUUCGCACGCUGGAACUCACAUCUCCGGAAGGUGGAUCUAUUCCCCCAUGCGUCAAAAAGCUCGUCAUCCGGAUUGGGGAUGCGGGACAGUUCACGACUAUCAACUGGGUCCGCGAUCAUCUCCAGGGAUUGCAACCAUUAUCGAAGCUGCAGUGUAUCGAUAUCAUUUGGCCAGAUGGUAUGACCAUGCAUGGCAUAUGGGCAUGCUACGAGGAUCUUGCAGCGAAGAAUGCUUAUGAAAACCCAAGUCCGAGGGCGAAGAGUGGUGAGUAG